CGUUUCUUCAAUGGGUUACAUCUCGGUUAAGUGUUUUAUUAGCUUCAAAUUUUUCGUCAAUGGUGUAGCAAUUUCAAAUAUUGAAGUUAAGUCCUUUUUCUUCUAACGCACAUUGCACCAUAUAUUGUGAUCACUUUGCCAGUUAAUAUUCUUGUUUCUUUACCUCUUGAUCUAUUUUAUAAAAUGGUUGAUAAAUUAAGCAGUGGGAUAAUUGUAUUGUUGAUGGAAAAUAAUUUGCCCAGCCUUGGUUUGUGUCCUAUUCUAAUAUUUUUGUAUGUUAUGCAAUUAGUUUAGGGGGAAAAUUGGUUCAUCCAUCCAUUGUUUAUCAAAUAUUUCUGUAAAUUUGAGCAUCUCAAAAUUUCUCCAUUGUUUAUGUGAAAAUCUUUACAUCCAUUUCUCCCGGUCUAUUCACUUUUCUAAGAUUAAAUUCCUCCUCCAUUUCCCAGUCAAAAGGUACUCCAUUACUCAAUCUAUGAUCUAUCCCCUUUCAGAUCUGCAUUUGGGUAUAAUUUCAAGGCCCUGGGCAGGGGCUGGUUGUAUUCUUAUCUUUAAAAGUGUAAUCUUGGGUAGGACCGUAGGAAUAGCACUUGUUCGAAAACCAUGGGAUAAAAGUGUGGCUAGUUUACUAUAGAACUAGCAAGUUAUCAGUUUGAUGGAAUUAAAUCAAAAGGAAGGAUUUAUGUGAUAUCCUACAUCAGUUAAGAAAAAAAGUUUUUAAUGCUAUACAUGUAUGGACUCUUCUUAACUUUGUAGAUGCAUUUUAAAGCCGUGAAAGCCUCUUUAGGUUUAGAGUGAACAAUAUCUCCAUGGUUGGGAGUAGGUCCCUACAAAUAGUCUCAAAGUUGAUCCCUAACCCCAGUAUGGGGGUUUGUUUGACUUUGUGUGGGGUAUCUGUCUAUUUUGACUUACAAUCCCAUGGGGCACAAUGAGGACAUUGUAUCUACAUGGGCUAUGAUUGUGAUAUCUCACAUCAGAUAUAAGAAAAACUUUUUGAUGUUUUAUAUGUAUGAACUCUUUUUAACCUUGUAAAUGCGUUUUAAAGCCGUGAAAACCCCUUUGGACUUAGAACAGACAAUAUUCGUACAAUUGGGAGUGGAUUGUUACAAUCUAGUUAGUAUGAAUCAUUGAAUACAAAGUCACCAUGUCCUUUUAGUUUUCUACAAGGAAAGCAAUAUUUAUGUACAAAGGAGUGAUAUAGAUUUAGAGACCUCAUAUUAGCCCUCAUCAAAGCAUAGUGAAUUCCAUAUAUGUCUAUGGGCACUCAAACCUUUAAACAAGUGUACAACAAGCUAACAAGUCCUCAACUCCCCUAGCUACUAGCAAAACCAUAACAAAUGCACAAAAUCCUUAGAAAUAGUUUCGCCCCUUCCAAAGCUAAGACCCAAUAGCUAAUAGACUUUAAAUUUCACAUUUUCAAAACCAUAUAGAUUAUUACCUUGUUUAAAAGAAAAUUUCAAGAGCAGCUGCCUUCCAAGCUUCCAUAGUGUGGAACAAGACCUCCUUAUUCUCCACCGAUCAAAGUAUGCUCAAGACCACAGUAGAAACCAAGCACAAUCAGAUAGUAGAAAAGAUCAAACAACGGAAUUCAGAUGCCACCAUGCAAUAAAUCACGAUCCUACCACUCAUAGUUGUUAAAGGUGUGCCUCAGGCAUGCCUAGGCCUAAGGCACAACAACUUCUUAGUAAUAGCAUCUUGCUAGAGAGGCACACCUUAUCUAUUCUUUUUUUUUUUUCUUUUUUUUUUUUCAAAACACUUUUAUUUUUGAAAUUUAAAUUUUAAAUAAUUCCCUUUUUUAAAUAAUUCCUUCUUUUUUUUUUUUUGGGUGUGUGUGUAUGGGUUUUGUGGGGUGGUGGUUUGUUGGGGAGGGGGAUGGAUGCUUCUUUAAAUGCUUUCAUGUUCAAAAUUACAAUAUUUUAUAACUUUAGUCCCAUUUAACUCAGGCAUUCAGCUUUGGUUGUGCCUCACACAGCCCCAAGAGACCUUUGCACCUUGAUGCACAUUGUGCCUUUAAGAACUAUGCUGCCUCUGCUAACAUGUUCCGGCCCCUCAUACUUCAUGCCAUCAUGUGCCAACAUGGCAAGGUUUGGGAUGGUAUGCUGUGAGACAUGCAUGUGACCUCACCAAAUUUGCCCACUUUUCCCCACAUUAACUUGCAUAUUUACUGAAUUUAUGACUUUUGAGUCAUUCGGACGAAUGUUUAGAGUGCAUUAUUGGCCAUUGGAAUCUACCGAUUAUCCCAUCAACAGAGGUGUUUAAUUUACUUUAAAAUUUAAACAUCUAUGUUACUUGUGCAGAAACAGAAGAGAAAUUUUUUUACCCUGUUGCUAUUUUCCCUUAAAGUGGCAUUCACCAACCCAAUUCUCCAUCGUCUUUUUCUUUCUUUUCCUUCUUUUUGGUAUCGUAUUUUCCAAGAAUCUUCUACAGUAAUCUACAAGUGAUACAAACUUCAAUGCUCUUGCUUAGUUAUAUGAGGACCAUCUAGGUUCUAGAUCAUGUUAAAGAGUGUCACAUGUAUAUAGAGGUUGCAACUCGGCAAGUUGGGUCAAGUAGAGCCAAACUGAGUAAUCACUGGAAUUGUGAGAUUAGAAUUAUCACAAGGUUGAGGUUUGCCAGCAUCUUUAAUAGCUAGAGUUCCACUACAUUAAACAACUUUACCACCUGCCAAUGUUUCUUUUUGUUGCUUUUUGUUAUAUAGAUAUUGAUAUAUAAUUAUAUAGUGAACAUAAAUAGGUCAAAUUCAAGUCAUUCAGGUUGCCCAACAUCCUCAAUGGUCACAAUAUCGAGGUCAGAUUGAGGUUGUUUAGCCCAAGCCUAAUCUGAAUUGGGCAAAAGGCUUGCCCAAGGUUCAGUUUGUGUAGGUUUCAAUCUGACUAAAUUGCAACUGUUCUUGCAUGUUGCACCCAACCCCCCUAGAACAAUCUCAUUUUAGGGAAAGUUGCAGUUGCAUCUUUCAGGGAACCUUUUGUUUGAUGGAGAUACUAGAUAGUGUAGGAAAAAUGUAGCUUACCAAUUUUUCCAUUAGGAAUCUAUUACAAAAGACUUUGAGAUGAUUUGUGUCUCCUAUUGCUAAAGAUGAGAAAGCCAUUUUGUUUGUCAUCAGAAAAUAUUAGAAAGCCAUUGCGCUGUUAAUAUUUGCCUUACCCUUAUGCUCCUUUGGGAGCCUUCUGUUUGACAAACUGGGUUCUCUAUGCCUUUUGAAUGAGCAAAACCUGUCAAAGCAAAGAUUUCAGAGCUUUUGUUGGAACUUUUUGUGGUAUGAUUCUAUUAUUGUCAUCAAAUACUAGAAUCACCCUACAAAACUAGGCUUAAAACAUGUCCCAUGGUUCUUGGAGAUACUUUCACUCUCAUCUUAUUCAUGAAAAUUUACAUCUUUGGACAAGGCUUUUUCUAGUUUCUCAGAUAUUAAGCUAAUAAGGAAUGAAUGAUGCCUUGACUCAAAAGAUUGCAGGUAUUUCAGAAAAAUUUAGAGUACACUUUUGUUCUCUUAGCUUGCUUUUGCUGUAUCUCAUGUUGUAAUUGGAAGCAUCUUUGCCCUCAUCUCCUGUAUGCAUCUUUUCUAGCUUGAAAAAUAAAUCAGUUCUUAUCUCACUUGGUUGGGCGAAAAAUUGCUGUUCUUACCAUAUUCAGCAGUUCAAAAACAGUUGUUAAGGAAUGGACUUGAGGAUUUUGGUUCCUUAUCCUCUCAACUGAACAGAUCAUGAGGAGAUGGGGCAAACAAUUGCUUUCUUCCUCUUGAAUUAUCAUCAAUGUUCGGGUUAGUAUGGACUUUGUGAUUUUUGUUGCUGAAAAUGUGCCCUCUGAAAACCAGUUUCUAUAUAGACCAAGUUUAUAUGCUUUGGACAUUUUUUCCCUGAUCUUCUAUCUCUAGGAAUACGAGGUUGGUUCAACCUUUAGAUUUCAAUUGUGUCAAUGGAUUCAUUCAACUCUGUUAGUCUACAGGUAUGCCUCUCUGACUCUGUGCUAUUUUUGGAUCAGCAUCAACAUGACCGACUCCCCAUUCAACAGAAUAGUUCUAGUCUUCUGAAUAACUGUUGUGAUGCUUUUAUAGUUGCAACUGUAUUAACCAGUAAUGGAUCUAUUUAUUGCUUGCUUUCUGAACAUCCAGUGUAGCAGUAGUGAUUCCCAUUGAUCACUUUGAAUUGAAUCCUCAUUUCUCAUUUUCUUUUAGCUGACAAGCCUCAUCUAUAAUGUAGUUUAAUGCAUGCAAAUGUGAAUACAGGGUGUGCAGGAAUACAUACAUUACUUUUAGAGGAGGUAUUGAAUCCAAGGCCAUAUUGUAGCCAAUGUACCUGAGAAGAAAAGCCCCAAAAGUAGUUGCUGCACUUGGUUUCAUGGAGAUGGUGGGAUUGCUGAAAUUUUCAGGAAAGUUUUGAAAACUGAUCCAUUCUUUCUUUGGCUUGAAUCUUUUCUUCCUAAUGUUGGGUGGAUAUUUCUCAAUUUAUGAGUGGUAAUGAUAACAGUGUUACAGCAGAUACAAAGAAGGAAUUUGUUAUGAAUAAAGUACAUCUGUUAUACAGAAAUGCAAACAGGUAAUGCAUUUUCCGCAGGCGCUGCACUAUUGAUCAAUGAAACCCUAACAUGGGAUCCCAUAGAUUGUCAUAAUAGUCUGGAUUGUAAAGAGAAGGUGGAUGAACUCCUCCUGAGCACCCUUCAUUCCAUUAAGUUCUAUAAGAAGGCGAAUCAAAAUCCGUUGCCAUGGUCCGAACAUAGUAGGGAGGAUGAAUUCCUCAUCUAACGAAAUUAAAAUUCUAAGGAAUGGAAGGAACCAAAAUUCGUCCCCCAUGGUUCUUGUCGGAGCACGGUAGGUAGGACGAAUUCCCUGGCAUCAGUAAGGGGUCAAAUCUAUCAUUGUUAGGCGGGUGAAACAAAAUCACUGUUACUUUGCUUUCGUCCCACUCAGGACCGAAAGGUAUCUUGAUUUGAUAUCGCUUGUCUACCUUUAGAUAGAAUGGACAAGUAUUUCAUCAUGGAUGCCCAAUUUUGUAAGGGUGAGUGCGGAAUUAAGUUGUCGUCAUGCCAUAAGUACCAUGCCUAGACCUCUACUAAAGGUUUUGACUCUAGGGGGGACUGGGUUUUUUUGUUGGAUAUGCAUAGGCUGUGAAGUAAGGAGAAGUUGUUGAAUCUUCCUUCUUCUUUUUUUUUUUUGUUCUUAUUUUUAUUUUUUAUUUUUUUGGCUAGAUAAAGUGUUAACUUGAUCAUGGGAGGGAGGCUAAAAAAUUUGGUAUCUCCUUUGUUUCCAAGAAAAAAUUAGUCCAUGAUUAAUUUAAUAACAAAUUAAAUGGUAAUUUCCUUUCCUCAUAGUAAAUUAAUGAGUGGUUAUACCUUCACCCACCUUUAUACCUACCUACCCUCUCCUUUAUACAACUACACCCACCUGGAGGGCCAAAUUAUAAUUUUAACCAUUCCACUUCCUUCUUAAUAUAAAUGGUAGGGAUUUGACUUUUUAAGUGAGUGGAUUUAUAAUUUCUUUAAUUUAAAUAAAUAAAGGAAAAGAUAUUUAAAAUCUUUCAGACAAAAAUUUAUCACAUCACAACCAUACUUAUUAGUUCUUACAACACUUAAUAUAUAGGAAAAAGAACCGUUAUUGAUCCGAUGGGUGGUAGUUGAUUAAAUAAAUUAUGAUUAUUUUUAUUUGUAAUUUUAUUAUUAUCAAUGAAAAAAAAAGGUGAGUCUCUGCGACUUGUUUGCCACUUAGAAUGGAGCAUGGAGCUUCACGUCCAAGGUGGGACCCAAGUCUCAAACUGGCAUGCGUACUUCGAACGUCAAAACUCAUAAUAUUCAAAACUAAAUUCCCUUGGUGGGUCUCAUUCAUUCCACAAAAAGUUCAGCCAUGGCUGUGUCUUCCACAAAGCCAAAUUCCCAGGCCAACAUCCAAGACACUCAACCACUCCCCAAGAAGCAGCGGACCAAAUCACCUGGAGUUCGAAUCAUUGGAGGCCGUAUCUAUGAUUCUCAAAAUGGCAAGACUUGUCACCAGUGUCGCCAAAAGACCAUGGAUUUUAUGGCACCAUGCAAGAACCAGGGGGAGAAGAAGCAAUGUAGCUUUCGUUUUUGUCAUAAAUGCCUCUUGAACAGAUAUGGAGAGAAAGCGGAGGAGGCGGUAGCGUUGGAUGAAUGGAAAUGUCCCAAGUGCAGAGGUAUUUGCAAUUGCAGCUUCUGCAUGAAGAAGCGAGGCCAUCGGCCAACUGGGAUUCUUGUCCACACUGCAAAGGCAACUGGGUUUUCUUCAGUCUCUGAAAUGCUGCAGUUUAAGGGCUCUGAAAAUUCAGGUUCUGAGAGGUCUGUGCCAGAUGAAGGCACCUCAUUGACAGCUUCAAGUGAGGAGCUUGUGGUGGCCUUAUCAGGAAGCAGAGAGAAAAAUGGUUCUGAUGGAAGAGAUGAUUCGAGAGUGCAGUCAAUGCCUUUGCAAAUGAAUGGCAGUGCAAAAGAAACUAGAAAUAGCAAGUCGAAAUCAAUAAGAAAAAAAGCUGACAAUAGUAUGUGUGAGCAUAAUGGGGAUGAUGGUGCAUCUACAGGGAAAAGUUGUCCUAAGAAACCUCGGAUUUCCAAGGAAGUAUCUAAGAAAGAAGGAAAGAUCCACAAAAGGGUCCAAUUUAAUAAAUCGAAUGCUGAUAUGCGUUUUCCCGACAAAACUUCUGCAGAGUCUAUUGAAAUAGAAGAUAAUGAGGCUACAGCACCUAGUUAUGCAAAUAUUGAUGGCCACAAAACCAAGCAUAAGCCAGUGAAAAAAUCAUACGGGUGUAAAAGGAAUACACUGGAAGUCCAAGGCAAAGAUUCUCAUGUUGAAAUCCUGCUGCCUCAGGGCACUCAACUGAGCAGUGUGGCUUCCAUUGACAUGUUGGCUGAGGAUGUUGGGCAUGCCUUGCAAUUCUUGGAAUUUUGUGAAGCUUUUGGACAGGUUCUUGAUCUAAAGAAAGGACAGCCUGAGUUGUUACUCAGAGAAUUGGUAUGUGGACAAAAUAAACUUCAAAGGCUGGCCCCUUCGGUUGUCCGGUUCCAUGUCCAACUGCUCUCAAUGAUACAGAAGAACUCAGAGAACAAUUAUCCUUCCUUAUAUCCCACAAGACGGGGAAAUUCAUGGUUGAAAGCUCUAAGUAGAUGCAUCUCUGAAUCCCGGUUUCCACCAAGGGAACUUCAGUUGGAUUGUGUUGACAUGGAUGGAGAUGGAUACAAUAAGUUAAACUCCUCCAAAAAGCUCAGACUCUUGAAUUUUCUAUGUGAUGAAGCUCUUGGCACAGUAGAAUUAAGGAAUUGGAUUGAUGUACAAAGCUCAAAUUUUAUUGAAAGAGAGAAGAAAGAAAAAGGAAAGUGCUCUGCAUUGGAGAAAAACAUGAAGAAGCGGCUGCAGGAUGAGAUGGCCAAAGCUCUUCUCAUGAAAAAUGGUGCUCCUCUUUCCAUUUCUGAAUAUGAUGAUCUUGUUUCAAAAAUAAAAACGGAAGUAGCCCAGACUUUUGCAGAAACUGUAGAAGCAACAGAUCCCAAGAAGAAACAACGCUCUGAUGCUGUUAGAUCAGAGCCGAUAUUUGUGGAUGGGAACGGUCGCAAGUUCUGGAGAUCGAGUUGCUGCUCUAGUGAUGUGGAUAUUCUGCUUCAAGAUGUUGGAAACAGUGAUCCAGCUACAUACGAAGAAAAAUGGUUUACCUAUCAUGUUGAACAGAAGGCAACAGUUGAGAGCUAUAUUUCAUCUUUAAGGAAGCUAAGAAAAUGAGAAGGAAAAUUGUCCCCCAUGCCUUUUUUUUUUUUUUUUUUUUGUUCUGGGCAACAGAACCCAUGACUUCUUGGAGGGCAUUUUGUCCAUUUAAUCAGAUGUUCAACUUUGCUGCCGGAUAUGCCAUCCUUGUAUGUCGUCUUCUUCUGCUAUCAAGGUCUAAAAGAUGAUACCACAACUUUUGAGUGAUGAUACAACUAUCUCCCUGUUGGCUCAACAAUACUGUUAUAAAAGUCGAUUUCUAAGUAGUACCGAAAGACCAGAGAUUACCAUCUAGAGGAUUCAUAGUUAACCAACUAUAGAAAAUUUAUGCAUGGCUUAGAGGCCUUUUUGAGGGCUACUGUAGUUUAUUAGUAGCUCUUUUAUUAGAAACGUUGUUUAAGAAAAUUGCUUAAUGUGUUUCUUGUAAUAUGCUUCAAUACAUGCAUGGAUCACAAUAAAGUUGUUACAAAGAAAUCAUGUUUUGCGUGA